AUGACUGACAAUAUUGAAAAGAAUGAAUCUAUUCAAAGCUAUAUGAAUUAUUCAGAACAAAGAUUAAUGAAUGAAGACUCUUUUUUAAAAUAGAAAUAAACAUAAGAGGAAGAUCCUUAAGCAUUUGAAUAAUCUGAAACUCAGUAAGUUAUCAUUUAUGAUUAAGGUCAUAAAAUAAAUAGAUUGAUCCAAUGUUAUAACAAAAUGAUGAAGAAUAAGAAUAAGAGAUUUAACCUAUUGAAUUGAAUCCAUUAUAAAUAUUUGAAUCUAAGAAAAUGGAAAUUAUAUAAAAUUGUUAAAAAAACAAAACUCUAUACACAGAUCCAGAUUUUCCAAUUAAUAAUAGUAGUCUAUAUAAGGAUCCUUAAAAACCUCCAGAAUUUGCAAAAGAUAUAAAAUCUGUUAAAUGGGUGAGACCACAUGAAAUUUCUAAAGAUGCUAAAUUCGUUAUUGAUUUUGAAGGAGAUUAUAAAUAAGGAGCUUUUGGAGAAUCCUGGUUUGUAGGAGCAGUUGUCAUAGUAGGAUAAAUGAAAAAAUACAAUGAGAAAUAAAAUAAAUAAACUUAAUAGUUAUCUUAACAAUAAAUAUCUUAACUUGAAAAAUUAAUUUUAGAUUAUGAUUAAUUUGAUGAUUGUGGUUUUGUAGCAUUUCAAUUCUUUAAAAAUGGAGAAUGGAAAUAAGUUAUUGUUGAUACACUUUUACCUUUUGAUUAAGAUAGUAAAUAAAUAUUAUUUACUUAAUGUGCAAAUCCAUCUGAAUUUUGGUUACCAUUAAUGGAAAAAGCAUAUUGUAAAUUACAUGGAAAUUAUGAAACUAUAUGUGAUGGACAUAUUGGAGAAGGAUUGGUUGAUUUAACAGGAGGUAUAGCUGAAAUUAAUUCAUUAAGAGAUCCAUAAUUAAGUAAAAUGAUAGAAAAUGAUUAAUUAUGGUAAGUAUUAUUGUAAACACAUAAAUUAUAAUUUUUUAUGGGAUGUAUGAAUCAUAAUGAAACUAAAGGAACAAAAAAUGCUGAUACAGGUACUCAUGGAAUAUUAGAAAAUCAUCAUUAUGGUAUUGUAGAUGUAAGAGAAUUUCCAAAAGAAAAAUUAAGAUUAAUGAGAAUAAGAAAUGUUUGGGGACCAGAAGGUGGAUGGAAUGGAGCAUUUUCUGAUGAUUCUGAAGAAUGGGAUAAACAUAGAAAUUUACGAGAAGAAUUAAAAUUAGUAUUUAAAUCAAAAAAAAGUGAUGGAACAUGGUGGAUGUCAUAUUAAGAUUGGCAUUAACAUUUUAAUAAAUUUUAUAUUUGUAAAGUAUUCCCAGAAAGUUGGUAAUAAUAUGCAAUCCAAGGAAAUUGGUUUGGAAAAACAUUAGGAGGAGUAUGUCCUUUAAAAAUGCCAUCUGAAGGCUUACCAGAUUAUGUAUAAGUAGAUACUGAUGAAAAAUGGUUUAAUAAUCCUUAAUAUAAAAUUAAAGUACAUAAAGAGACUAAAUUAUAUUUAUCAUUAAUGUUAGAAGAUGAAAAAAUAACAUAAUAACCNUGUUAAAAAAACAAAACUCUAUACACAGAUCCAGAUUUUCCAAUUAAUAAUAGUAGUCUAUAUAAGGAUCCUUAAAAACCUCCAGAAUUUGCAAAAGAUAUAAAAUCUGUUAAAUGGGUGAGACCACAUGAAAUUUCUAAAGAUGCUAAAUUCGUUAUUGAUUUUGAAGGAGAUUAUAAAUAAGGAGCUUUUGGAGAAUCCUGGUUUGUAGGAGCAGUUGUCAUAGUAGGAUAAAUGAAAAAAUACAAUGAGAAAUAAAAUAAAUAAACUUAAUAGUUAUCUUAACAAUAAAUAUCUUAACUUGAAAAAUUAAUUUUAGAUUAUGAUUAAUUUGAUGAUUGUGGUUUUGUAGCAUUUCAAUUCUUUAAAAAUGGAGAAUGGAAAUAAGUUAUUGUUGAUACACUUUUACCUUUUGAUUAAGAUAGUAAAUAAAUAUUAUUUACUUAAUGUGCAAAUCCAUCUGAAUUUUGGUUACCAUUAAUGGAAAAAGCAUAUUGUAAAUUACAUGGAAAUUAUGAAACUAUAUGUGAUGGACAUAUUGGAGAAGGAUUGGUUGAUUUAACAGGAGGUAUAGCUGAAAUUAAUUCAUUAAGAGAUCCAUAAUUAAGUAAAAUGAUAGAAAAUGAUUAAUUAUGGUAAGUAUUAUUGUAAACACAUAAAUUAUAAUUUUUUAUGGGAUGUAUGAAUCAUAAUGAAACUAAAGGAACAAAAAAUGCUGAUACAGGUACUCAUGGAAUAUUAGAAAAUCAUCAUUAUGGUAUUGUAGAUGUAAGAGAAUUUCCAAAAGAAAAAUUAAGAUUAAUGAGAAUAAGAAAUGUUUGGGGACCAGAAGGUGGAUGGAAUGGAGCAUUUUCUGAUGAUUCUGAAGAAUGGGAUAAACAUAGAAAUUUACGAGAAGAAUUAAAAUUAGUAUUUAAAUCAAAAAAAAGUGAUGGAACAUGGUGGAUGUCAUAUUAAGAUUGGCAUUAACAUUUUAAUAAAUUUUAUAUUUGUAAAGUAUUCCCAGAAAGUUGGUAAUAAUAUGCAAUCCAAGGAAAUUGGUUUGGAAAAACAUUAGGAGGAGUAUGUCCUUUAAAAAUGCCAUCUGAAGGCUUACCAGAUUAUGUAUAAGUAGAUACUGAUGAAAAAUGGUUUAAUAAUCCUUAAUAUAAAAUUAAAGUACAUAAAGAGACUAAAUUAUAUUUAUCAUUAAUGUUAGAAGAUGAAAAAAUAACAUAAUAACCGUAUGUAGCUUGUAAUUUAAUGGUCAUAGCUAAUAAAGCAAGAUUGAGUAGAAUUUGGGAAAGACCACCAAAUUAAGAUAUAGUUAUUGAUAUGAAUCCUAAAGGAGAUAUAUAAGCUUAAAGAGAAAUUACUUAAUAUUUGAUUCUCAAAAACUUUGAAGGUAAAACCUUUGGUAAUUAUAUGGUUGUUCCUAAUAUGAUUGUAAAUGAAACAAGAAAAGAAGAGAAAAGAAAUUUCAUCUUAAGAAUAUUUAGUUCUGAUAAAAUUGAUGUAGCUGAAAUGUCAGAAACAUUAGAAAUACAAUAAGAAGGUAGUUGGAAUGAAACUUCUGCUGGUGGUAAAAGGAAAUAUGAUAAUGGUAAAGAAAAUCCUAAUUGGUGUAAAAAUCCUCAAUAUUUCUUGAAUUUAUCUGUUAGCACUCAUUUAAAGAUUAUAUUAAGAAGACAAGGAUAAGUUAAAAGAGCUAAAGGUACUAAGAUUGGAAUGACAAUUUGUAGAUUUGAUAAGGCCCCUUCAAAUUCAUUAAAUAUCAUCAAAUAAUAAAAAGGAGGAGGAACAAGUAAUUUCAUUUUAUUUAUUCUUAUUAGAUUUAGUAAGGCUUUUAAAGUAGACUUAAUAACAAUUAGAAGCUCCAAAAAUGGUUGGAAUUCAAAGAAAACUUUUAAUUGGAUCUAAUGAAAAAUUUAAAUAAUCUACAUACUUUAAUGAAGAUGUGGCAGCCUUAUAUUUCCAUUUUAAUCCAACAGAAGGUCCUUUCAUUAUAAUUCCAUCAUUAGAUUAAGAAGAUCGUUCUGCCAAUUAUAAAUUAACUAGUAAUUAUAUUAUUUAAACUUUCUAGUUUACUCUAAUUAAGAAGUAGAAUUAACAAGAUUGGAUGAAACCAAGAAUUAGGUUCAUAUAGGAAAAUGGGAAUAAGAUAUAUCUGAUGGAGGUUGUCAUUUGUAUGAAGAUCCUUAUGAAAAAGAUACUAGUAAAAGAACAUGGACAAUGAAUCCUAAAUAUUCUUUAUAGUUUUUUGAGCCUAUUCAUAUAACAAUUACUCUUUGUAUAGCAGAAAAGAAUUGGAAGUCAAAAACAAAGAAUACUGUUGGAGGUAUGAUUGGAGUUUAUUUAAUUGAAAAAUCAGAGAAUAAAAUUACUACCUAAUAGAUUGUGAGAGUUCCUAAUUUCUUACCAAUUAAUGAAAUUCAAGAAGAAUUUGAUCUCUAACCAACUAAGAAUGGUUAUUAUAUUAUGCCAACAACUUAUCAAUCUAAAAUACAUGGAUAAUUUAUUUUAGCAGUUUAAGGAGACAAAGAAUUUACAUUACAAGCAUUAAAGUGA